AUGAACAAUGGAAAGACUUUAGUGGUAGCUGGCACCUGCCUAAGGGAGGAAGAAACUGCUCCAUUACUGGCACCUGGGUUUGAACGUAUUCAUACAAAGAAAGGGAACUACAGUAAGUCACUAGUUUCAAACCAGGAAGAGGUAGAUGAUUUAGCAACCUUGGAAGUUCUGGAUGAGAAUACAGUAACAGAACAGUUGCAGAAGAGUUAUGCCAAGGAUCAGAUCUACACAUACGUUGGAGACAUUCUCAUCGCUGUUAAUCCAUUUCGGAACAUAGACAUUUAUUCUUCACAGCAUUCCAAACUGUAUAUUGGAGCCAAACGGACUGCUAACCCUCCUCAUAUUUUUGCUGUUGCUGACAUAGGUUAUCAGUCCAUGGUGACAUACAACUCAGAUCAGUGUAUCGUUAUUUCUGGAGAAAGUGGAGCUGGCAAGACGCAAAGUGCUCAUCUUCUGGUUUCGCAGCUCACUGUCCUGGGCAAGGCUAAUAACAGGACUCUACAGGAGAAGAUCCUCCAGGUGAAUAACCUUGUAGAGGCAUUUGGAAAUGCAGGCACUAUCAUCAAUGAUAACUCCAGCAGAUUUGGAAAAUAUCUGGAAAUGAAAUUCACUUGUGGUGGCACUGUUGUAGGAGCUCAGAUUUCAGAGUAUCUUCUUGAAAAAUCCAGAGUUGUCCACCAGGCAGUAGGAGAGAAAAAUUUCCAUAUUUUUUAUUAUAUUUAUGCUGGUCUGGCAGAAAAGAAAAAACUGGCACAUUAUAAACUGCCAGAAUAUAGACCUCCCAGAUAUCUGCAAAAUGAACAUUUCAGAAUAGUGCAAGAUUUCAUGAACAAUAGCUUUUAUAAGUCCCAGUUUGAAUUAAUUGAACAGUGCUUCAAAGUCAUUGGUUUUACAUUGGAGGAACUUGGAAGUGUAUACAGUGUCCUGGCUGCCAUUUUAAAUGUGGGUAACAUUGAAUUCUCUGCAGUCGUAUCUGAACAUAUGAUUGACAAGAGUAACAUUUCAAAUCCAGUAGCCCUUGAGAACUGCGCGUCCUUGCUGUGUAUUCAGGCAGAUGAACUGCAAGAGGCUCUCACCUCUCACUGUGUAGUGACUCGAGGAGAAACAAUUAUUCGUCCCAACACUGUGGAAAAAGCCACCGAUGUCAGAGAUGCCAUGGCCAAAGCACUGUAUGGGCGCCUUUUUAGUUGGAUAGUCAAUCGCAUCAACACGUUACUCAAACCUGACAAACAUUUAAGUGGAAACGAUGAUGGUUUGAACAUUGGAAUUCUUGACAUCUUUGGCUUUGAAAAUUUCAAAAAAAAUUCUUUUGAACAACUCUGUAUCAACAUUGCCAAUGAACAAAUUCAGUUCUACUUCAAUCAACAUGUUUUUGCCUGGGAACAGAAUGAAUACCUAUAUGAAGGUGUUGAUGCAAGAGUUAUAGAAUAUGAGGACAACAGGCCCCUCUUAGAUAUGUUCCUGCAGAAACCAAUGGGAUUGUUGUCCCUGCUGGAUGAGGAGAGUCGAUUCCCACAAGCAACAGAUCAGACACUUGUAGAAAAAUUUGAAGAUAAUUUGAAGUCAAAAUAUUUUUGGAGACCCAAAAGAGUAGAUCUAACCUUUGGGAUUUAUCAUUAUGCAGGAAAGGUUCUAUAUAAUGCAAGUGGAUUCCUAGCCAAAAAUAGAGAUACUCUGCCAGCUGAUAUUGUGCUGCUACUGCGAUCAUCUGAAAACAAUCUGACACGACAGUUGGUAACCCAUCCUCUUACAAAAACAGGUAACUUGGCACACACUAAAAGCAAAACUACAAUCAGUUACCAAAUGUGGACCCCCCAGAAAUCAAUCAGUCAUACAAAGAAUGAAGCAGGAGAUACUGGACAUCAUCCAAGAGAGACAACCAGUAUGAAAACACAGACAGUCGCUUCUUAUUUUAGAUAUUCUCUGAUGGAUUUGUUAUCCAAAAUGGUCGUCGGCCAGCCUCAUUUUGUCAGGUGCAUCAAGCCAAACAACGACCGGCAGGCAAACAAGUUUGAUAAAGAAAAGGUGUUGGUUCAGUUGCGUUACACGGGAAUUCUGGAGACAGCAAGAAUUCGAAGACAGGGUUAUUCACACCGUAUACUGUUCGCUAACUUCAUAAAACGGUAUUACCUCAUCUGUUACAAAACAAAUGAUGACCCUCCAGUCAGCCCGGAAACCUGUGCUGCCAUCUUGGAAAAAGCCCACCUUGACAACUGGGUUCUUGGAAAAACUAAAGUGUUCCUCAAAUACUAUCAUGUGGAGCAGCUCAAUUUAAUGCGGAAGGAGACAGUUGACAUGAUUAUUUUGAUUCAAGCUUGUGUCAGAGGGUGGCUGGGUUCAAGGAGAUACAAAAAGAUAAAGGAACAAAGGGAACAAAGUGCUAUUAAAAUACAGUCAGCUGCCAGAGGAUACUUACUCAGGAAGAAGAGAAAAGAGCUAACUGAGAUGAGAAACAAAGCAGCGGUAGCACUUCAGUCUCACUACAGGGGAUACAAGGAGAGGAAGAUCUUCAAAAGGAGGAGGGAAUCACUUAGAAAGAAACAAACUCAAAAUGCAGCAUCCAUCAGUGAAAAGGAAAAGGAUGAAGAAUUUCAAGAUAAUGAGGGAAGUCCAGCUGGAAUGAAGAGUGCCCUUCUUAAAACAGAAGAAGAAGCAGCUGUCAUUGUUCAGAGCCAUUACAGAGGCUACAGAGUCCGUAAAAACAUAAAUUUUUAUGAACAGCACAAAAAAAUAGCAGAGGAAGAACUAUCUGCCGUGGAAUUCCUUGAAGCACAACUGCAGCCAGCUCAAAAUGAUACACUGGAAGAAGCAGCAAAUGAGGACACUCAAGAUGAAGCCGAUGCUGUUACUGACAGCGAGUGCUCUGGGUACAGCGACACAAAGAAUGUACAGGAGCAACAGAAAGCAUCUACUGAAGGAGAGGGAGAUUCUGUGAUGCAGAACCCUGCAGUAGAACAUGUCGGUGAAGGUGAAGAACAGGCCUCUUUGGAAGAAUCUUUCAGCAAAACUGUCAAGAUCACAUCUGAACCUAGUCCCCAGCAAGAGCAAGAUAACCAAGACAUGCUCAGUGCAGAUGGGCGAAAUCAAAACUGGGCUGAGGUCCAGCCCAGGACUGAUGGGGAUGUGGGAAGAAACCACCUGAAACAUGAAGCAGUGGUGCCCACAGGGUGUAAAGGAAUUAUAAGAAAAGAGUCACUAAGAGGCUCAUGGAAGCAAGGUGAGGCAGAAAAACAAGGUUCAGAAGACAAAGAGAAGGCAGCAGUGGUUAUUCAGAGCAGUUACCGGGGUUACAGAAGGAGGGGACAACUCAGAAAAGAAGGAAAACUACCUUGCAAAAGUCAAGUGAAAGCUGUAAAGGAGCCAACAGAAGCAGUACACAUUCAAAAUAAUAAUCCCCAAACAAGGAAGGAUAGGGAAAGCACCCGUACGGAGGCUGAAGACUCCAAGAUGCUGAAGGGAGACUCAGAGAAAGAGGCUUGUGAUUUGGCAGCCUUUUCACGGCAGAUAUCAAAAUUAUCCGAAGACUACUUAGCACUGCAGCAAAAAUUGAAUGAAAUGAUAUUGUCACAUCAUCUGAGACCUGUGAUGCUGUCCAGAGAUAAGCAAGCUAAUGGCCGACUUUCUUCUCAUGUUUGCCAGCCAGCUGCGGCCAAAGUAGAAGACUCUCGCCCAAUGCAGAGACCCCCAAGAAGGCCACGGAAGCCUAAGACAUUAAACAAUCCAGAAGACUCCACCUACUACACUUUAAUACACAAAUCAAUACAAGACGAAAAACGGAAGCCAAGAAAAGAAAGUCUGAGCAAAGUUCUGGAUUUAGAUAUCUACUACCAAGAAAUUUCAUCUCCUGAUUCCACCUCAAAGGACAGCAGCUCUACCACAAGAAGGAAGAGACACCCAGCUGAGCGCAGGACUUCAAUUUUAAGAGCUACUGAGCGGUCGAGGGUUGCAGAAAGCCCCCUGGAAGAGAGUAAAACCGAAGAUAAUCCCUAUGACUACAGACGACUGCUGCGGAAGACCUCACAGCGCCGGCGCCUUAUCCAGCAGUUCUAG